AUGAGUAUAUUACUCAAAUGGAAGAACAAACUCCAGGAUCCAUCGUUACAAGAAACGAAGAUCCGUGAGUUUGACGAACGUGUGUCACUUCUCAAGAAUGAGAAUGUCGAAUUGCACAAACGUAUUGAUCAGCUUGAGGCUUUGUGUACAACAAGUGUCGACACUCAGCAAACACGUUUUCUCGAAGAACAUAUUCGCCAACUUGAACAAGAAAAUGGACGAUUAUUUAUAGAAAAUAAAUGUCAACGUCAAGAAUAUGAACGAUUUUUAGAACAAUUAACAUCAAUGGUUCUACGAACAGCAAUGAUGCAUGAGAAUAUUCGUAAAGAAUGUGCAUCAAUAUAUCAUGUUAUCGAACGACUAUCAACAUUAACUGCAAGUGCAAUUCAAGACGAACGUUCACAUCAAAUUGAACAUCGAAUAAAACAUUUAAGAAGUUUAUCUUGGGAAAAUUUAAAUCAUUCGUGUGAACUUAUUUCUAAUUAUCAAUUCGUAUCCACAUCUCCUAAAACUACAGCUGAAUUUAUUCGACAUUUAUAUCAAAAUCGAUCAUCAUUAUCACCUUCAACAUCUUCAUCAUCUUCCUGUUCAUCAACAACUACUCAUUGUUCAUUUUCAACAUCGGGCAGUUGGACACUCGAUCUCCCAUUGUACAAUAAAAAUACAAACGUUCAAUCAUCCAUACUUCCAAUUUCAAAUGAAUCAAAAGAAUUACAAUCGAUAAAAAAAGACGAUAAAAAAGAAGAAGGAGAAGAAGUAGAGCAACAACAUCAUAAAAAAGCUCUUCAUCGUUCAGAAACAUUUAUAGUUACAAAGAUACCGCAAAAAGAAUUAUCUUCAGCUUCGUCUAACAUAAAAACAAUGACAGUUAAUGAACGUAAUCUAAAUUCAAAUGUUCAACGUUGUUCUUUAACACGAUCAGUAGCUGCUACAACAACAACGACAACUGUUGUCCGACCUUCACGACUUCCAUCGCGUUGUUCAAAUAAUCGGCAUACAACAAGCUUAACUAAUCCGUCAAAUCUAAAAACUCAAUCAUCAAAUGAUAAUAAUCGUUCUUUAUCUCUAAAAAAAGCUUCAAAAUUACCAAUUCGAACAGCGACAUCGUUAACAAAGCAAGCAACACCUGUAAAAAAAUCUAAUGUUCCAACAUCUGUUACAACAAAGACAAAAAAAGACUUAACUGUUAUAUCAACUCGAGCUGUUGCAUCAAUUACUAAUACAACGACAAAAAAGACUAUUCGUCCGCCGAUGACUUCAAAAUCAUCUAUUGUACAAACUUCUUCAGCAAAAUGUCGUUCUCGUUCAAUCACAACAGUUAAUACUACUACUAGUACUAAGACGAAUACUUCUAUUCCAUCAUUAGUAAAUAAACGGACACGAACAACACCUCCUACUGUAAAAAAAAGUGCACUAGAAACAGUUAUACCAUCAAAGAAAUUAGUUAAAUCAAUUGAAGAAAAACCAAUUUGUCCAAUUGAACAAAUGAAUUCAACAUCAAGUGAAUCAAGUAUUGAAGAAAAUCAACAAAGAAAUAAAUUAAUAACUAUUGUUCAAGAUGAAGGUUAUUCAACAUGGUCAUCAACUGAUGUCAAAGAUGAAACAGUAUUAAAUGAUUUAAAGAAAAAUGAAACUGAUGAACGACAACGAAGUACUGGAAUUGUGAAAAAUUGGCUUGAUACAUCAAAUAAGCGAUGUUCAAGAAAACCGGUGAAAGAAGUUAAAACUGAUAAACUUGAAGAAUUUAGUCGAGAGUUAUCUGAUGGCUCAUCAAUUAUUUGUCCAUUUGUACGUAAUCGUUGUUCAAAUGGUAUAAUCAUUCCUCUUGCAUCAACAACAUUAUCAACAUCAUUACCAGCACCAUCAUCAACAAUUCUUCCAAUUAAAGAUAUUUCACUUGAUAGUCUUGAUGAUGCUGCGAAUUCUCUAGUGAAAGAACAAACUAUAGUACCAUCUGCCUCAUCAUCCUCUUCAUCAUCAUCGUCGUCGUCUUCGACAUUUUCUCGUUCAGAAACAUUUGAAAAAAUUCUAAAUAAACAUUCAUUACCUAUAAUAUUAGAUGAUCUUCCUGAUUCAACUGAUUCAACAUGUUCAGAUGUGAAUCCAUCAUUUAAUAUGUCAGAAUAUAUUGAAGAUAAUUUUCUUGAUCAAGAUAUUAAUUCCAAUGAACAUUCUUUAAUACUUAAUUCAACAAUAAAAAAUCAAAUUGAAACAAUGAAACCACAAAAACGUCUGAUGUUUCCUGGUUUAAUAAAUCGUUUAAUUUUUCUUCGUCGUGUUUUAUCUGAUUCAGAUCUACAGCAAAAAUUAUGUUGUAUUGCUGAAAAUGAAAUACAAUUUCAUGUAUAUCAUACAAAUACAAUUAAUGAACAUUCAAUUGAGCUUAAUUUACUAAAUACAUAUGGUUCAGAAUCUGAAUUACAUGUAUGGUCACAUGAUUGUGCUGAACAACGAAGAUUUGUUGAUGAAAGACAAAAACAAUUCUUAUUAACAUCAAAACAAUCACAAGCAAAAUUAUCUCAUAUUGAAAGAAUGAUACGAAUGACUUUUGAUGAUAAUGAAGAAGAUGAAACAAAUUUAUUUGAUUUAGAUAGUGAAGAAUAUGAUCACCAAUUAGCAGUUGAACGUCAAAGAUUACUUCAACAAAUCUAUGAAUAUCCAUGGUUAUUACAAGAAGAUGAUAUCGAUCAAGCAACGAUAUAUUCAUCACCAACGAGUGAACAACCAUUAUUAUCACCUUCACCAGAUUUAGUUGUUCCAUCACAUAAUCCAGAUUUUUAUCAAUUAUGUGCAUUAACAAAUAGUAGUUCAUUUGCAACAUCUUAUGGAACAAAUUCUAGACAUACAACACCACCCAUAGCUUCAUCUGUUUUAUAA